UGUAGUUAUUGUGUACGGAGUACUCUACGGACAUUAAUCCUUCUCUAAUACAAAUUUUAUACCCUAACUUCCUAUUGUUCUAAUAGCCAUUAGAGCUAAGAACGCGAGACCAGCUUAGCUGACUCACCCAUCCCUUUAUAUUCUCCAUAAAAGUAUUAUUACAUUUUGUUAUUCGUUUAUCCUUCAUAUCAGUAAUGUCUCGAUCGAAGGUAAUAUAUAACUACGCACUUUUGUAAGAGCGCUCGUUCGCCAUCAGUUUGCAGCCUCGAAGUCAUGAGCUGUUGAAGCUAAGUAUCUCCUACCUUUAUACUACAUCUCAUUUAACCAAGGAUUUACCCUUCUCUCUGCAACAAUUCCGCUUCUGCAAUGUCUAACACUCUGAAUAAGAGGUUAAUCAUUAAGCUAUUGUGGUUGGGGGCAUCCGUCGUCUUCGCCUUUGCGUUUCUGCACAAUCUAAACAGCUACCCCGAGACAAGAUAUUGGGCAGAAAAAAAGGUACAGAAGUUUCUCGGUGACCACCAUGGAGGCAGUCGAGAAUCGUUGCGUGACUUUAUGUCGCGCUCCGAGUCCAUCUGGGCCAAAACGGUGGCGCAGCGGCAUGAGAUGAUUGCAGCAGAUUUCGGCGAUGCGUCCUUGAUGCCCCUGUUUCCCGCCGUAACUAUUGAGACAUACCUUGCCACCCCUUAUUCGGUUUGGGACUUCAUUCCAGCAUCCUACAAUUGCCCGUGGGACGUUGAACGUAUUGGUCGCAUGGGAGAUGGAGGCAAGUGGGUGUGUGGAAUGUCCCGAUACGUCAACUACCCUAAGAACCGGGAGUGCAUUAUCUAUUCAUUUGGUGUCCGUGAUGAAUCCAGCUUUGAACAAGAAAUGCUCGAAAGAACUGGCUGCAUUAUCUGGGCGUACGAUUUCUCUGUCGUUGACUUUGGCGAACAAUUGACGCCUAGCAAUCGCGAUAGGGCUCAUUUCAGCCAACUUGGGAUCGCCGGCAAAACGGACUUGACGAAGACUCCGCCAUUAUACAGCAUCGGCGAUAUCAUGAAAAAGAAUGGACAUGAGUAUAUCGAUAUUCUCAAGAUGGACAUCGAUUCCUCAGAGUUCGAGGCCCUAGACGGCAUGCAUCGUGAAUUCCCCAUCUCCUGGGAGCUGCCCGUUGGUCAGCUUAUGAUCGAAGUUCACCUAUCUGAAGACAUGACAUCCCAGGAAUUCCUUGACUGGUGGGAGCGGCUUGAGGCUCGCGGUCUCCGUCCUGCUUGGACCGAACCAAACCUAAUGGCUGUCACAGUGAGCGUGGGAGGCAAAGACCCGAAUAUGGCCGAGUACACCCUGGUGAACGUCCAAGAUAGUAGAAACAUCCUGUUCCAUAUGCAGUAGAGUAGACAAUUUAGUGUAUUUACGUUUUGCAUCAUGUC